AUGGAUUCGAAGAGUACGAACUGCGCUGCGUGCACUCGUCGUGGUCGGAAAUGCGAAAAGCGUUUUCAUGGCGCGCGCGAUGUGGAAAAAGUGAUUCGAGAUGACGAGAAAUACGCGGCCGAGCUUGAGGCCGCCGAAGCCGAGUUAGAACGAGUGAUGGCGAAGAUAAAGCGUCUUCGCAAGAUGAAGAAGUUCAAUAAAGAGCGUAUGGGUGACAUUAUUUCCCAUAAUGGUGCCUUGCUGGAUCGGUUGGAUGAAGAGGAUCCUCUAACCGCCGAGGAUCUCCGUGAACUCGAGCGCCUAGCUGAUGAACAUGAUGCUGCGGUCGCUCAGCUGGCUGCGACGUCAGACAACCCUAGUCUGACUCAGAUGAUUGGCUCCCCGUCGUCGCCGUUCUGGCAGAACGUCGACUUUUCGACUUUCGAAGUCCCUGGUGGUACUCCUGGACCUUCUUCGAACAGCCCGUCAGGUUCUCGAUAG